AUGGGGGUCUCAAAGUUGCUGGGCGUUGCUGCAAGCAUCGCGAUAGCUUUCGCCAUGCAGAAUGCCGAGCACGUGGCGCCUGAGACAAUGAGGAACAGUCUGUCCAAGAAGCAGGAUGCCGCGCCACUCAAGAUGAUGCUUGUCGGUGAUAGCAUCACCCAUGGUUUCGAAGCAGAUACCACCUGGAGAUUCCGACUCUGGGAAUGGCUCAAGUCGACCAACACACCUUUCAAUUUCGUUGGCCCUUACACUGGUGUCUGCGCGCCCAUGCCUAACCAUCCUCCACAGCCACCACGACUGAUGGAGCUUCCGGCGCAGGGGCUAGAGGUUCUUGACGAGUUCCCUAGAAUUGAAUGGGGCUAUGCCAAGGAAGUCCCGUCCGACUUUGACGCACACCACUUCGCGACUUCUGGCGAGAAGGCCGAGCGGGUCCAGGGUCUUAUACUGGCCCGCGUCGAGGAGUUCGAACCGGAAAUGCUUCUCAUUCUACUGGGCUUCAACGACUUGUCAUGGGGCGGUGCCAGGCCCGAAGAACUGCUCGAGAGGAUCAAGACUAUUGUGGACAAGGCACGCGCCAACAGAGCUAACACGAAGUUCAUCAUCGGCAACGUAGUUCACGAGCAACUGGCCGAUGCAGACCUCGAAGCACGGACAUCAGCAUACAACGAACUUCUCAAUGCUACAUAUUCAUCCUGGAGCACGGUAGACUCACCAGUGCAUUACGCGGACGUUGCCGGAGUGUACACUUGUGGCCCCAACCGCAACUGCACCUCGACGGUCGAUGGACUUCAUCCGAACGACCUUGGAGCGUAUCAAAUCGCGCAUGCGUUUUCACAAGCUUUCAUCGACCACUACGCCAUCGGCCAGCAGCCUGUUCAGAUUCCCGAUACGUGGACGGAUCGUGCUGUCGAUCCACCAACUAACAUCAAAGCCUUUGGAAGCUCGAUGGGUAUCACUGUCACUUGGGACAGACCGUUUGGCAUCCCAGACUUCAACGUACGACGACGCAGCGGCGACGAGGAUUGGAUCACCGAAUACGGAGUUGGCAUGAACCGGUCAGAUACCAUUCUUCCGCAUGCUGGUAUUCAAUACGAAUAUCAGGUCCGAUCCUGCUUAGGACAGCGUUGCGGGGAGUGGUCGAGUGAAUCUGUCACCGCCGUAUCGGAUAGAAGAACUGGGCCACCUCCUAGGAACGUGCGCACCAAACCAACUGCUUUGGGUUUCGAAGUGAGCUGGUCACCUCCGAAAGAUGCGGAUGAAUGGAACAUCACCCAGUAUGAUGUGGCGUAUGCAAACAGAAUGCGAAACAAUCUUCAACUGCAUGCCGGAACUCGGAAACAGUCUGCCAAGCUCGAAGGGCUGGAGUCUGGGCAAUACAGCAUCAUUGGCUUUAUUUUGGACGUGUCUGUUUCUAUCUGGACAGACCCCGAGGGAGGCAGUCUAUUCACAUUCGGCCGGCCGGUGAGGCCUGGCACGACUCAAGCGCCGCAGGCACCAUCGCAGCUACGGUCAGAGAUCGUGAAUGAGACUGCCGUGCAUCUCACAUGGGAGGCUGAUGACCACUGGGCUGGAUUUCUAGCUUAUGUCGACCAUCACUCUGAUGAUAUUGUCAUCUAUGACCGAAGCACAGUCGUGGCUAUCGACUCCACUGUUGCUACACAAAUACCGGAAAUCUGCAUAUCUGCCAUCAAUGGCGACCUAGAGUCCAAACGGUCUUGUCUGUUUGAAAAGCCAAAAUCGAAAUGGAGCUGGCGAGCCGAUGGCCCUACUGCUAUCAUCGUAUACGUCAUCUUGGCUUGCUGUCUCGCAACGGCGCUGGUGUUGGCUAUGCGAUUCAGAAAGAACCUUAAGGGCAGGAUGCGAGGUACGUACACAAAAGUACCAACAGGGUAG